CCCUCAGGCGUAGGCUUGCAUCCAACGCUGAGUAGAAAGGUUUGUUGGUUGUGGCACCGGAAAAACAAGAUGGUGUGAGAAAAUACCCAACAACGGUUGACGAGCAGCCAAUGGGCCAGAACGGUACGAGCACACCAGUCUAUCCUCAUGGCUUCCGAGAUAGUUAACGAAGAUAGCUGUCAACUGUUUGAUCUCCGAUGCGACCCUUCCUGUGCCAAUGUGUGUCUCAAUGUUUACCUUCUCUGCGGCAUGUUGUGAUGAAGAUUGGAAUCAUGAUAGACCCACCAGCAAAAGCCAGUCUGCAAGAAGAGCGGGGAUUCACAUACUUGAGCAGGGACACGUCUCCAGAAGGUCGAGCACUCUUGCACAUAGAGGGGUGGACGGCAGGCCCAUGCGAGUCUGAGCACGGUGCUGGUCACAGACCCCGCGCGCAUAGUCCGUCAUGCCAUGACAACGGAGUGACUGACAUUACCUUGAUAUCAAUCCUUGACCAAUCGUCGUUCAAUUUACUGAAGAGGUAUGGAUGCAUGAGGAUGCAAUGCUGGCGCCAACCCGGCAGAGUUGAGAUGAAGAUAAAGUAUGAAAACAAGCCGUGUGGAAGUCUGGGGAGAUCCAGCCGCCAAACUAGAUUGACAAUAGAAUUGAAAGCUCCCCGCAGGAAACUUUCCAGAGAGACAGAUCGUGUGGGUUCACUGUACAUCUGAUUGACGAUUUGCACGAUGGAAUCCCCGGGCGAG